AUGGAAGCUCUCUAUCUUGUCACAAAAUUUGGAGGGAAUUGAUCUACUACUAUUUGAGAAGAAUAGAUUCUUUGGUCUAACUCAGAGAAAGAAUCAAGUGGCCAUCAGCUUACUUGAAAGAAUGAGAGAUUUUCUUUUCGUAAGGAUGAACCUUUUGGACUGUUAUGUUAAUAAAAAGCGGGACGCCAAGGAAGAAAAUGCAGUUUCAAACCGUGUAAACUGUAGAGGAACUGACAUGUCCAGGAUGGAGAAACAAAAGAAAGGAACUGUGUCAGAACAAUAUCUCUUCCAACUGAGUGAUUUUAUUAAUUGGGGAUAAUGAACAUCUUUCUUUUUUUUCAGAACAUUUUAAAAUGUAAAAUUCCCAUGUAUCUAUUCUAAGGGGUUCCCCAAUUCUGAUUCCAUUUAAAUCAAACACUUAUUUAUUUAUUUAUUAAAGAUUUUUAUUUCUUUAUUUGAGAGAGAGAGACGGAGAGAGAGUGAGUGCAUGAGCAAGGGGGAAGGGCAGAGGGAGAAGGAGAAGCAGGCUCUCUGCUGAGCAGGUAGCCCGAUGGACAUGGGGCUCGGUCCCUGGACUCCAGGAUCAUGACCUGAGCCAAAGGAAGGGGCUUAACCAACUGAGACACCCAGGUGACCCUAAAUAAAGACAUUUAAAUGAUAAUUCCAUAAGGAGGGCACUUGAUGGAAUGAGCACUGGGUGUUACAUGGAACUGAUGAAUCGCUAAAUUCUACUCCUGAAACAAAUAAUACACUAUAUGCUAACUAACUUGAAUUAAAAAAAAAAUUAAAAAUAAAUGAUGAUUCCAUUAAAUGCUGCAGAAUAUGGGUUUUCUGCAUACCAUGAUCAUUUACAUGGUCUAAAUAAAGAACGGCUGUAAUUCGUGUCAUAAUUCUUGAUUGUAAUAGCUAGACUAGAACUAGAGAAGUGAGUGGAAUAUCUUCUAAUGGCAAUGGCCUUAAAGGAGCAGUGCUGUUUCCAUGGAAGUCUGCAAUGUCCCAAGGUGCCUGAGCACCCAGAACCUAGUGUCUCUUUCUAGAAGCUGUUGAAUAGUUGAAGACAGGACCUGGGUAAGUUUCCAGAUCUCCCAUUUGUGAGUUGUAUUAUUUGGCUUUUUUGUUCUUUUAGGGAUGUAAAGUAGGUACCUUUUGUCCUUGGCCCAUUUAUCCUUCUCAGAUUUAGCUCUCAUUCCUGGAGUCUGGCUCUCCCCUCCUGAGCUCACCUGUUCUUGCUCUGUCUUCUGCAGCAACCAAUCCAAGCUCAUCCUUCUUGGGUAAUGAGUCUGGUUUAAAAUGAAUCAGUUAUUUCUUCAUUGUGGAAAUCAUCAUUUCUUGCCACAUAAGAUCUCAGCGAAGGAGAGCCAUCUGGGAAACAUGAAAACCGAUCCUGGUGUCUGAAGCAAUAGACGGAAUGAACCAGUCGAUAGUAUCAGAGUUUGUGUUCCUGGGACUCACGAAUUCAUGGGAGAUCCAACUUCUCCUUUUUGUUUUCUCCUUUUUGUUCUACUUGGCAAGCAUGAUGGGAAACCUUGUCAUUGUGUUCACUGUAACCUUGGAUGCUCAUCUACAUUCGCCUAUGUAUUUCCUCCUGGCAAACCUCUCCGUCAUUGAUAUGUUGUUUUGCUCAAUCACAGCCUCUAAAAUGAUUUGUGAUAUUUUUAAGAAGCACAAGGCCAUCUCUUUUUGUGGAUGUAUUACGCAGAUCUUCUUUAGCCAUGCUGUUGGGGGCACUGAGAUGGUGCUGCUCAUUGCCAUGGCCUUUGACAGAUAUGUGGCCAUAUGUAAGCCUCUGCACUACUUGAGCAUCAUGAGCCCAAAGAUAUGUCUAUACUUUUUAGUCACUUCUUGGGUCAUUGGGCUCAUCCAUUCAUUGGUUCAAUUAGUUUUUGUGGUAGAUUUGCCUUUUUGUGGCCCUAAUGUAUUGGAUAGUUUUUAUUGUGACCUUCCCCGGCUCCUCAGACUUGCCUGCACAAACACCCAAGAACUGGAGUUCAUGGUUACUGUCAAUAGUGGGCUCAUUUCUGUGGGCUCCUUUAUCCUGCUGGUCAUUUCAUAUGUCUUCAUUUUGUUUACUGUUUGGAAGCAUUCCUCUGGUGGCUCAUCCAAGGCUGUCUCCUCACUGUUAGCUCAUAUCACUGUGGUGGUUUUGUUCUUUGGGCCACUGAUGUUUUUCUACACAUGGCCUUCUCCCACAUCACACCUGGAUAAAUAUCUUGCUAUUUUUGAUGCAGUUAUCACUCCUUUUCUGAAUCCAGUCAUCUAUACAUUCAGGAACAAAGAGAUGAAAGUGGCAAUGAGGAGACUGUGCAGUCGUCUUGUGUAUUACAGGAAGAUUUUGUGAACGGAUGGUGUAAGAUAUGAAAUCACAGAUUCUCCCUCAUGCUGGUUAUAGAAAAGACAUUAUGCAAUUUUAGAAAAAUCCCCAACACUUAGGACAUGUUAUACGCCUAGAAAUCUACUAUCUAUGAUAUUAUGAUAUCUAUUUCACCAUUAAGUUAGAAGUCAUGUUUUUUUUUGAUACUCUGUACAUCAAAGUGCUAAAAAGUGAAUAAUACAUGUUUUGUAACCUACAUGGUUAGGAGAAUGCUAUCAUGUAAUUGAGUAAAUAAAAAGGUUUUAUGUUUUUCCUACAUUGGACAGAUUAUUCUAUUGAUAGAGAAAUUACGCAUUUACAUCAUCCUCCAUCUACUUACUAUUCAAGUUUAUAUCUUUUUUUUUUUUAAAGAUUUUAUUUAUUUAUUUGAGAGAGAGAAUGAGAGAGAGAAAGCAUGAGAGGGGGGAGGGUCAGAGGGAGAAGCAGACUCCCUGCCGAGCAGGGAGCCAGAUGCGGGACUCGAUCCCAGGACUCCAGGAUCAUGACCUGAGCCGAAGGCAGUCACCCAACCAACUGAGCCACCCAGAUGCCCCUCAAGUUUAUAUCUUGAUUUCAAUUCUCUUUGUUGCUAUUCUGUUUGCUUCUUAUUUCUCCAUUUUCUGCAUCCUUUGCAUCCUUAUCAGGCACUCUGGAAAUUGUUAACCCUAUGUUAGAUUUUUGAAAGUUAAAGGUAGAAUGAAUUGUCAAUAUCUUUUGUUCUAACUCCUUCUUUUGCACUAGCUAUAACCCAAGAAUUGAGGGGUGACAUCAAUUAGCCUAAGGCACACAGCCAGAAAUCACCAGAGAUCCAGGCACCAGAAACCAUGUUCCUGGUUGCCAGGUUAGUCCCCCUUCACGUUCAAAUGAUUUUGUAUUUGAAUUUCUGUGCAUAUGCUAGUCUUUCAGCUUUUCUUAUGGGUCUGUUUGUACAAAGAGCUCUACAUGUCUUAUGUGUAUUCCUUCUUUCUGGUAAAUUGUCAUUACAUUUAGCACUUCCUUAUUGUUUCUAAAUCUUUUCUUAGUUUCUACCAUGACCAUACAUUUCCUUGUUCAGGUCCUACCAAAGCUGAGUCUUAAGACAAUGCAUUAAUUAUAAAAAACAUGUUUAGAAUUCAUUAUUAAGCAGGAUUCUUUUGUCUACAGUUGUAUCAGAGAUUUUUAAAUUUUAUUUUAUUGUGUUAUGUUAAUCACCAUACAUUACAUCACUAGUUUUUGAUGUAGUGUUCCAUGAUUCAUUUUUUGCGUAUAACACUCAGUGCUCCAUUCAAUAUGUGCCCUCUUUAGCACCCAUCACCAGACUAACCCAUCCCCCCAUCCCCCUCCCCUCGUUAGAACCCUCAGUUUGUUUCUCAGAGUCCAUAGUCUCUCAUGGUUCGUCUCCCCCCUCCGAUUUUCCCCCCUUCAUUUUUCCCUUCCUACUAUCUUCUUCUUCUUCUUCUUUUAAACGUAUAAUGGAUUAUUUGUUUCAGAGGUACAGGUCUGUGUGAGAUUUUUGAUUAAAUUCUAUUUUGUAGGCCUGAAGUCCCCCCAAAUACUUACAAUUAAUGAUGUUAUUUCUUUUGUGGGAAAGAAUGUCAUUAAUUAACUUUGUACUCUGCUUAAGUGACACUAAGAUCAUUGUAUCUCUUCCAGAAAGAGAAAUUAAAAUAUUUCAGCAAAUUUUAAAAUGAAAUGUUUAAAGAAUAUGUGUGAAGGGUUUUUUCCAUACAUUGUGCAGCUUGUUAUUUAACAAAAUUACUAGACAAUGGAAUGGAAUGCAUGCACUAAUUGAAGUUUCCUUCAUGAGGCAAUGAAAUAAUGAUCGUCUGUCAUCAUUUGUGUUCUAGGGGAGGUAAUAAGUGAGGUGACUCAUAUGGUGCUUUUUACAAUCUAGGUAUUGUUCUCAGGGCUUUACUUUGAAUCUUAUUGAGUAGAUACUCUCACCAUCCCCAUUUUACACAGCAGGGGUCUGAGGCACGAAGAUGUUAAAUAUUCUAAGCUGUAUUAAGUAAUCAGACUGGACACAAAGCCUUGUGGUUUUGAUGCAGGAUCUGUAAUCUUAACUUCUGCACUGUAAU